CGAAUUCACCCAAGUCGUCGAGGAUGCUCCGCGUGCUCCGGACGAAGGACCUCGUGCAUACGAUCGCGAUCUUCCAGGACGGUCUGCAUCCAGACGUGUUACCGCCGACCCGCCUGCUUCGCCGUGUCCGCCUGCGCAGAGGCAGCUACGAGCGCCAGUUCGCCGCCGUCCACGACUGCCUCGAGCCGUGGCUCGCCCGCCAUGGUACCUCAAGCCUCGGCCUCUUCCCCGCAUCGCUGCAUCGCCAUCUCUUCUACUAUGCAGUCGUCUACGGUAACCUCGACGUACUCGUCUUCCUCGACGCGGCCGCGCCCGUGCGUCUCAGCGCGGCCGACUGGGCCUUAGUCGUCGAUGUCGGGCUAUUGGAUGUCCUCGGCUUCUUCCUCGAUCGUCACUACGACGGCGGCGACGAGCACUUGAUGGCCCACGCGAUUGAGACGGGUGCGCUCGCCGCUGUCCAAUGCAUCUUUGCCCACGGGAUCCUGCCCGCCAAGGACGCACUCAACGAGGCGUGUACGAACGGUCACGCCGACGUCGUUCGUUUUCUGCACGGGCACGGGCUCGGCGCGUGGGACCCCAACACGCUCAUGUUUGUGCUCGUUCACGGGCAUUUGGAAGUACUCCGGUUUCUCCUGGACGCAGGUCUUGGCGACUUUGACGCAUCGGCGGCCUUUGGCUUCCAUGUCUCGCACCUCGAAAUGGCGGCCAAGUGCGGCCACCUCGACGUUGUGCAAUACCUCGCAGCGCGCGACCGCCGCCACGUACCGCAGGCCUUUCUCGAGGCGGCGCGCAGCGGCCACGCCGCGAUCGUGCAGUUUCUCAACGACGGCGAGAGCGUUGACGUGCCUGCUGCUGCGAAAGAAGCUGUCGUCCACGGCCACAGCGACGUUGUCGCGUUCCUCGUGCAAGCGCAUGGUGCGGCCUUGGACCUCCACGCGCUCGCGACCCUCGCUGCCUCUCGGAAGCGCCGCGCUGUGCACGCGCUCCUGCUGCAGCACGCACCCGAGGCCACACUGUAGCCCUUGUAUUCCUAGUAUUUGUGCUCUUAUAUAUGACGUGUACCCGUCCAGCCAAGUGGUCCACGUGUGGUACAUGUACUGUACUC